AUGAGUUCUAUGCUCUGCAUCAACGACGGCUCCUUUGGACCAGGCGUCCAAGGAUGCCGUGGCGACUUUGACUUUACGCAGAAGUUUGAGCGCAUCUUCUUUUCUAUCAUUCCGGCCUCUGUGUUUGUCGCCGCGGCUGUUGCUCGUGUGGCUGUGUUGUCCCAAAGGUCCCGCAUUGUUAACGGCCGAGUCCUCCAAUAUCUGAAGCUGGUGACACCUGGUGUGGUACACGGCCUCUCAGUCGCUGGGGCUGCUCUAGUGUUUGCUGCGUCCCUAUCCACUAUAGCCCUUUCCUCUCUAGAACAUUCAAGGGCCCGGAGACCGUCAACACUGCUCAACAUCUACAUUCUGCUGACGUUGAUUUUCGACAUUGUACAAGCCCGGACUGCAUGGCUCAUCAUAGCGGGUUGGCAUCAGACCAUCCUAGCGCGCCUCUUCACCUCGUCAAUCGCGGUAAAAGUAAUCAUCUUGUGUCUCGAGGCCAUCCCCAAGACAAAGUGGAUUCACUGGAACGCUGCCGAGCACAGCCCGGAGGAGUCGAGCAGUGUCUUCAGCCUCGGCGUGUACUACUGGCUGAACAGGUUAUUCCUGCGCGGAUAUCGAGAUGUCUUGAACAUUGAUGACCUUUUUCCCCUAGAUGAGGGGAUGUCGUCCAAAAAGCUUUACGAAAAGCUCGCCCCCAAACUUCGGAUUCACCAAUAUCGAAACGAACCCAAGUUCGGCCUGUGCAAAGACUUGUGUAGGGCGCUGGCCGGCCCGUUUCUCGCCCCCAUCGCCCCUCGAAUCGCACUUAUUGGCUUCAAGUUCUGCCAGCCAUUCUUCAUCAAUUCCAUACUUGUGUACUUGCAGACUCCUCAUGGUCCGGAUACCGAAAAGCUUGGCUAUGGACUCAUCGCCGCUAGCUUUCUCAUAUACGUCGGCAUUGCACUCUCGUCCGCCUGGUACACCUAUUACAACCAAAAGGCGACCUACAUGAUUAGGGGAUGUUUUGCAGCUGCAAUCUACCGAAAAACUACGCAGACAAAAUUGACUGCUGCGGAUGACUCUGCCGCGGUGACCCUCAUGAGCACCGACAUUGAACGGGUCCUCAAGGGGGCGUCCACUAUCCACGAGAUGUGGGCUGGCGCAGCUGAAGUAGGGAUCGGAUGCUGGCUGCUGGAGAAGCAACUCGGGACCGCCUUCGUGUCGCCGAUCAUCAUCAUAUUUGCCUGUGCUGGUGUUCUGGGAUGGGUAUUGACAUUUGUCGGCAAGAAGCAGGGCGAGUGGAUGGCCAAGAUUCAAAACCGAGUCGGGCUAACCUCGAAUGCCAUCUCCAACAUGAAGUUGUACAAGAUCUCGGGUGUCACUGGCCCAGUGGCCGAGCUAAUACAGAGUCUGCGUGUUGGUGAGAUCAAGAUGGGCAACCAAUUCCGAUGGCUGGUGAUUCUCGCUGCAGCUUUGGGCUUCUCGCCGAUCUGCCUCUCGCCCGUCAUUACAUUCGCUGUCACCUCGGAGACUCUUCAAGUGGAAACGCUAUUCACGUCACUGUCAUACAUUACUCUUCUUACCGCUCCGCUCGUUUUCGUGUUCCAAAGCCUCCCGUCAAUCUUUGCGGCGGUGACCUGCACUCAACGAAUUCAAAAGUUUCUUGCAGAUGAGCCACGAAUCGAUUUUAGGAAGAAAUAUGAUGCAUCUUCCCCAGAGUCAGACCCCGAGAAGGGCGGCUCGGCUGAAGGAAGUGUUGCACCCUCAGCAUUCACAAUUGAUAACGGCAGCUUUGGAUGGGGCGGGGAGAAGAUGACACUGAACCAAAUCAACACAUCCAUCCCAGCUAAUCAGCUCACCUUGGUCAUCGGUCAAGUCGCCUCUGGAAAGUCGACGUUUUGCAAGGUGCUACUUGGAGAAGUCCCUGUAUCUUCAGGAACGGUGACCGUAUUCUUCCCACAGUCUCAGAUUGGAUACUGCGAACAGACGCCGUUUCUCUACAACGCGUCGUUCAAAGAAAACAUAAUUGGCCACUGCGAGUUUGACCAGAAAAAGUACGACGAAAUUAUCGAUGCGACUCUGCUAAGCACAGAUGUCGCUCUCCUCCCAGAUGGACACGAUACCAAAAUUGGCACCAAUGGCAUCAUGUUGAGCGGCGGGCAGAAGCAGCGAGUCUCUGUUGCGCGAGCUCUGUAUUCAGAGUCAGAUAUCAUGGUUUUUGACGACGUACUCAGCGGACUUGACAACGACACAGAGGCUGAGCUGUUUAACCGCGUCUUUGGGUCGAACGGCAUCACUCGUCGACGAAACGCGACAGUCGUGAUUUGCACCCACUCUAUACGGCACUUGCCCACUGCGAAUCAUAUCAUUGCACUCGACACCGAUGGCACUGUUAUUGAGCAGGGCACGUUCCAAGACUUGAAGCGUAAUAACAAGUAUGUCCAAAGUCUCGGGGUAAAGCAAGGCGACGAGACUCCUCGGAGCGAAACCGAGAGACCGAAAGAACAGCAAGCUGAGAUCGUGCCGAAGCCGACAUCAAAUGGGAUCAAGGCUGCCUUGGAUGACAAGGCAAGGCAGUUGGGCGACUGGUCUAUCUACGGCCACUACUUCCGAAUCUUGGCCGUCGUGUGUAUUAUUCUCAACGCCAUCUCAACUCUCAUCCUCAUGAUUACAUAUUCCGGAACGGUUCUCCACAAGCGGGCCAUCACCACUGUCGUCACAGCGCCAUUGAGAUUUUUCGCAACGACGGAUUCUGGCAUCGUGACGAACCUGUUUUCGCAGGAUAUGACCCUUCUGGAUAGCGAACUUCCGAUGGCGCUUACAAAUUUCACGAUUGACAUGGCGGACUGUACUGGCAUGGCGUUUGUUAUUGCCGCCGCGUCGCCGUAUCUUGCUACCGGGUAUCCCGUGUUAUUUGCUGUUCUCUUCUUUGUGCAAAAGUUCUACCUGCGGACAUCCCGACAAAUCCGUCUUCUUGACUUAGAAUGCAAGAGUCCACUAUACACCCACUUCCUUGAUACUAUCAAGGGCGUUGCUACCAUCCGUGCCUUUGGCUGGGAGAAUCUCGACAUCGAGCAGAACAACGAACUCUUGGACACGUCCCAACGCCCAGCCUACUUGCUUGCUAUGAUCCAGCAAUGGCUAUUGACGACUCUUUAUCUCAUUGUCGCCGGCAUGGCCGUCCUUAUUGUUUCACUAGCCACGCAACUCGAAGUCAACACCGGGCUUACAGGUGCAUCUCUGGUGACAUUGCUCACCUUCAGUGAGUCGGUAUCGAACCUGAUCCGAGCUUACACGAUGCUUGAGACUUCACUCGGCGCGGUUAGCCGUCUGCGCACAUUUAGCGAGACGGUCAAGCCGGAAGAUCAACCUGGCGAAGAUAUUGAACCUCCACAGGAGUGGCCGCAAGGGGGGCGGAUUGACAUCAACGACGUCUCUGCAUCCUACGAACCUGAGUUAGAAAGCGAGAACGGAGUAGUGGCCUCGCCAUAUAAUCUUGUCAUCCGCAAUCUCACAUUGAGCAUUCUUCCGAGACAAAAGGUGGCUAUUUGUGGUAGGACAGGAAGCGGAAAAUCGACCUUGAUCCUGCUUCUGCUUCGCCUGCUCGACCCCCUCCAAUCUUGCAGUAGAAACAUGGAAAUAGACGGCACCCUCCUCAACCGCAUUGAUCGAGCUACACUCCGCAAACGCAUUAUUGCUAUUCCGCAGGAUGCGGUGUUCCUUCCUGACGGCAGUACUGUCAAGUCUAAUAUUGACCCUCACGAAAUAGCAACUCCACAAGAGUGUCUUGAUGCCCUUGCGGCUGUUCAACUUGCCAGCUUUGUUGAAGACCGCGGCGGCCUGGAAUCCGGUAUGAACGCUGAUGAUCUCAGCGCUGGACAGAAGCAAUUAUUCAGCCUUGGAAGAGCGAUCUUGCGACGGCGCAUCCGUGACAGACUCACGAACCGCGAGAAGAGUAGUGGUGUGCUGCUGCUGGACGAGGUAAGCAGCAGUGUUGACAAAGUGACGGACCGGGCAAUGCAGGAGAUCAUUCGCGAGGAGUUUGAGAAUUACACUAUAGUGAUGGUGUCACACAGGCUGGAGAUGGUCAUGGACUUUUUCGACCGCGUUGUCGUCCUUGAUAAGGGGGCUAUGGUGGAAUCGGGGAGCCCGCGGGAGCUGAUCGAGACUCCGGGAAGUCGGUUUGGUGAGUUGUGGGCAAUCGAGAACCGUGACACAGAGAGCGAGUAG